GGCCGCAGGGGCGGCCCCGCCGCUUCCCCGCCGCUUUCGCUUUCAUUUCCCCGCCGGGCCCGCUCGUUCCAGGCCUUUCCCGGUGAGAUCCCGGUCCCGGUGGGAUCCCGGUCCCGGUGGGAUCCCGUCCCGGUGGAGCGGCCAUGGCUGGCAGAGGCACGAGGACGGUUGUCGUCGCUGGGGUCCCCGCUGGCCUGCUGCAGGACGAGCUGCUGGCUGACAUCCUCACCAUCCACUUCCAGAGGUCCAGGAACAACGGCGGGGACGUGGAGCAGGUCACGUAUCCCACGCGGAGGAGAGGGGUGGCCUUGGUGACCUUCGAGGAUGCCCAAGUUGUGGAGCGCGUUCUGAAGAAGGAUCAGCAUCUCCUGCAGGACCACAGGCUGCCCAGGCCCUUCCCCCUGACAGUGACCCGCUACUGCCACAACGCCUUCCUCUGGGUCAGGUCCACCCUCAACAUGGCUGUUUUCAGAGAUCACUUGGUUCUAGAAGAUUUGGUGGAAGAGAUGAAGAAGCAGAGCCCGGAUUUGAGUUUUGGGCCCUUGCAGCGCGACGGGCAGAUUGCUGUGCAAGGCUCCUUCCCAGCCCUCCGAGGGCUGAGAGAAUUCCUCUUGCUGAAGGCAAAAUCCCUCUCAGAGGAGGACAGCAGAGAGGGAAAAUCCCUCCAGAGACCGAGGAGGAAGCUGCAGGAGCACAGAGGUGCUGCAGAGAUGAGGAAUUCCCCCCAGGAGGCACUGACAGAAAAGCAAGUGCUGGUUCUGGACACGGAUAUCUACCACUACAUGAAGUGCUUUCUUCCCAGGGUUCUCCAGGGAAGUGGUGUUGUCAUUUCUGGGGUCACUGAUGGUGACAUCACCACGGUGUGCAUUGAGAGUCCUGGCAGCAAGGCCGGUGCUGCACAGGGAGCAAAGGCCAAGAAGAUGAUUGAGAAUCACUCCGUGGAGCUCCAGAAGAUUUUACGGAAGGAAAGGAUCCGCUUCAAGGAGCACAGCAGAGCUGAGAAGCAGAGGUACAGACAGCUCUGGGAGAGGCUGAGGGCACGCUACCCCGGAGUGCUGGUCAUCCCUUACGACACCCACUUUGACCUUGUGGGCACUUCUGUAGAUGUUUUUGGGUUCACAGAGGAGGUGAAGAGGCUCUCCAGGUAGGAGUGAGGGUUCCUGUGGUUUGGGUUCCUCAGCCAGACUCUGCCUGUG